GAUGUGAGGCUAAGAGAAACAAAAUCCAGACACAUGGAAGAUCGGUCCGGAAGUCAGAAAUGGCGCCGUCGACACGAAGGAAAAGGCCCUGCCAGCUGUGCCCCGGCUUUCAUUCAAAGGAGACAUCUCGCCAUGGUGCUCAGGUUAGAGUGACUGAAUUUCCCACCUAAACUUCGGAUACCACAAUGAAAAACCACCAGAGCCCACACGCCAUCGUCCUGGUGAUUCUCUUCGCCUUGUUUAUGCUGCUGAUCAUUUACAAUUCCAACAGCCGCAACGAAGCCCUCCGUUACUCCGCUUUGCAGGCCAAGACCCCGCUGCCCUCCAGCCUCAAGAAGUGGGGGGUGAAAGGCGAAUACCUGCCUGUUCCCGGAGGGAAGCCCUUGGGUCAGCAUUGCAAGGAGUGUGCCCUCAUCACCAGUUCCAGUCACCUCCUGGGCAGCAAACUGGGCAAAACCAUCGACCAGUCGGAAUGCACCAUCCGCAUGAAUGACGCGCCCACCACGGGCUUCUCGGAGGAUGUGGGGAACAAGACCACUUUCCGCGUCGUGGCUCACUCCAGCGCCUUCCGGGUCCUGAAGAGGCCGCAGGAAUUCAUCAGCAAGACCCCUGAGAACAUCUUGAUUUUCUGGGGGCCCCCACUCAAGAUGCAGAAGAGCAUCAUCAAACUCAUCGAACGAGUCAGCCUCAGUUUUCCCAACAUGACGGCCUUCGCAGUUUCUCCCAAGCGCAUGCAACAGUUUGACGAAUUGUUCCGGAAAGAGACAGGCAAGGACAGGCAGACUUCGCGGUCCUGGCUGAGCACCGGAUGGUUUACCAUGGUGAUUGCGGUGGAAUUGUGCGACAAGCUCCAUGUUUACGGGAUGGUGCCUCCCAGCUACUGCACUAAGACCCCUCCCCACCGGCUGCCCUACCACUAUUACGAACCCAAAGGACCCGACGAAUGCACCACUUAUAUCCACAACGAGCGCAGCCACAAAGGGAAUCAUCACCGGUUCAUCACCGAGAAACGGGUUUUCGGCAGAUGGGCUGACCUCUACAACAUCACUUUCUCGCACCCCGAGUGGAAUUAGGGCAACGAGGAGACACCCCCCCCCCACAAGUGCCAAAACCAGGAUCCUGCGGAGCCCCCCUACCCCACCCUAAAUGGUCCUGGACUGCUGAGUAUUAAGUUUCCCAUCAUGCCAUAGAGAAGCACCCUGGGGCAUUGUGGGAAAUUAGAAGUCCAGUGAGCUCACAGCUGGAUGGAAGGCCAUAUCGACCCCUUGCAAAGUUACUUCUAGGUGCAGCUCAUCCAAGAAAUGUUUUUUCCUCUCUCUCUGGUUCCUGGACUGCUGUAUUAAAUUUCCCAUCAUGCCACAGACAAGCGCCUUGGGGCAUUGUGGGAAAUUAGAAGUCCGGUGAGCUGACAGAUGCAUGGAAGCCCAUCAAGGUGCUUCUAGUUGGAUGCUUUAAUGGUUGGUAAGUUCUUCAAGAGAGAUUUUCUGGUUCUUCUUUGCUACCUUGUUCAACUUUAGGGGGCUUGAUCCUGGUGGCGGAGCCCUCCUGAACUACGGACUCUAACUCCCAUCAUCCCUAGCCAACUCACUCAUGAUCUGAGAAGAUGAUAGUUGAGGGAGGGGGUGGGGGGGCUCCCCAUCUGUUUAGCCACCUCUUCCCCCUCUCACUCAACUUCUUUAGUCCUUCCAUAAAUGUGGGUUUUUUGUUUUUUUUUAGAGGUCAGCUGGGUAAAACCUCCCUCGGUGCUUGCCUCUCCUCUGGGGAGGAUGGGAGUUGUAAUCUUGGAGCAUUGAGGAGAGCCAAAUGGGGUGGGGGGUGGGUGUGCUGUUUUUUUUUCCUUUUCCUAUUCUGAAAAGAUUUUAAAAAUCAAAAUUAACAACAACAACAAAAAAAGAACAGAGAAGGGAAGAGACAGCCCUCCAGUGGUCAUCCAAUCCACCUGGGCCCAGGAAAGGAAGCCCCAACAGUUUCUGAAGGCGUUCCAUACCUGCUUCUGGUCCAGCGAAGGGGAAAGGGGUUCCCCAAAUCAAUAGAUUUUUUUCUUUUUUUUCCUGCUCCGUGAUGGGUACCCGGCACCCAAUCACCAAGGCAGCUUAUUCAGCCUGGCAGAAAAGCCCUGGCCUCCAAAUUGGCCAACUUCCCCCAAAGACCUCACGAUUCCAACAAAACCUCAGUUAGCAAAAUUCAAAUAGAAGAAUUGCUCUUCGCGACUCCGAAACCCAAGGGGUCUCUUCCACUCUUGCAAUACCCAGCCCUCCAUUCCUCUUGCUCAGUUCAGUUCACUUCCACCUGUCGGGUUGCAAGGCCCAUUAUCCCCAGCUGGAACAGCCAGGUUAAGGGAUGCUUUCCCCCAUCUCUUCCUUUCUGGAGCCCCUUUCCUCAAAAAUUUGGUACCAAAGCAAUGGCGGUAAAGAGGUUUUUGCUUGGGAUUUUGCACUGUUGCCUUUUCGUUCGUUCUGAGACGGUUGAACUUUUUACCGGCCGGGGACAUUCUUAACUGUUAAGGUUGCGAUUGGACGCCUUUGAUGAAUCUUAAACGGCGAAACUUUUAUUAAACGUUGACUUGACUAAAA